GUUGAUAAUAAGAUAAUAAUAAGGUUAGGUUAGAACAAUUAAACUGUUGUGAAUCGUAUAGGUUGUACUCAUUACUCACUUAUAUUGCCAGUAAAAACUUUAUUUAGAACGUUAUUAAUGUUGUUGUUUUAUGUAUUAUGAGUAAAGGCUAAUAAGUGAAUAAGCUGAUAUUUAAUUUUAUUUUUAAAUUUUGUUGUGUAUAAGUGUAGUAUGAAAGUUCUACAAGUUGUGUUUUUAUUUCUAGUACUUUUCACAUCCCACUAUAAAGCCAAAGUGAAUUCAAAAAAUGCAGUGAUUGAAAGUAUCGUAGACAUAAAGGACUUUAAGAAGCUUCUUCGAACUAAAACCAAUGUAUUAGUUUGCUUUACUAGUUCUAUUAAGCAAUCAAAUCAAUUGGUUAAAGUUUUUAAAGAAGCUGCAGAAGUUAUUAAGGGACAUGGUACAAUGGUUUUAAUAGAUUGUUCAGGAGAAGCAAAAAAGAUGUGUAAAAAGUUGAAAGUAGCUCCAGAUCCUUACAUACUAAAACAUUACAAAGACGGCGAUUUUAAUAAAGAUUAUGAUAGAAAGGAAACUCUGUCAUCUAUGGUUAAUUUUAUGAGGGACCCAACAGGUGAUAUACCUUGGGAAGAAGACUCGAGGGCAAAUUAUGUAGCACAUAUCCCUGAUGCAGGAAGUCUAGCAAAAUUCAUAAAAAGGGAAUCAAAACCACUUAUGAUUAUGUUCUAUGCCCCAUGGUGUGGAUUUUGUAAAAGUUUGAAACCAGAAUAUGCAUCAGCUGCAGAAGAGUUGCAAAACGAAGCUGUUCUUGCUGCAAUUGAUGUAAACAGGCCAGAAAAUGCAGUCGUAAGAACACACUACAAUAUUACUGGUUUUCCGACGUUAUUAUAUUAUGAACAAGGAGAACUAAAAUUCCAGUAUGAAGGCGAUAAUACUAAAAAUGCGAUAAUUAAUUUUAUGCGUAACCCUCAAACACCACCUGUUAAAAUAAAAGAACCAGAGUGGUCAGAUGUUGACAACGAAGUAGUUCAUCUUACUUCUUCUAGUUUUGUACCUGUUAUUAAGGAGGAAUCAUCAGUGUUAGUGAUGUUCUAUGCACCCUGGUGUGGUCACUGCAAGCGUAUGAAACCUGAGUAUGAAAAGGCUGCUGCUGUAAUGAAAGAAGAAGGGAUUCCAGGUAUAUUAGCGGCAGUUGACGCCACUAAAGAACAGUCAGUAGCGUCGCAAUAUUCUAUAAAAGGAUAUCCCACUGUUAAGUAUUUCGCUUAUGGAGAAUUAAAAUUUGAUGUUAAUGUUCGGGAGGCUUCGCAAAUUGUCAAUUUUAUGAAAAAUCCUGUAGAGCCUCCGAUGCCCACCCCUGUUGAGGUCAGUUGGUCCGAUGAAAAAACGAACGUCAUCCAUUUGAACGAGGAAAACUUUAAAACAUUCUUGAAGAAAAAGAAACAUGUGAUAGUUAUGUUUUAUGCACCUUGUUAGUAUACAUAAUACAUAUACAUACUGGGUGUCUCA